GGGGAAGUGCUGGGAGAAAUAAUUAAUGGUCUUAUUAAAUUUGUAGGGACUUUUUGUUUUGGUGCGUGCGUGCGCGCGCGCGCGCAUCCGAUCGUCUUUGCUGUACCUUCAGGGUCUUUGGAGGCUGCAUCUGGAGGAACUCUCUUUUAAAUCCAAUGUCCAGAAAAUAAUAAUAAUAAAAAUACUCCGCUAAAGUCAUCAGAAUGGAUGGAUUUUAUGACCAGCAAGUGCCUUACAUGGUCACCAAUAAUCUCUGUGGGAGAAAUUGUAAUGAGCGACCAGCAAAUGUCAGGAAAAGAAAAUUCAUUAACAGAGAUCUGGCUCAUGACUCAGAAGAACUGUUUCAAGAUCUAAGCCAAUUACAGGAAACAUGGCUUGCAGAAGCUCAGGUACCUGACAAUGAUGAGCAGUUUGUACCAGACUACCAGACUGAGAGUUUGGCUUUUCAUGGUCUUUCAGUGAAAAUCAAGAAAGAACCCCACAGUCCAUGUUCUGAACUCAGCUCGGCGUGUAGUCAAGAACAACCAUUCAAAUUCAGUUAUGGAGAAAAGUGCCUGUACAAUGUCAGUGCCUAUGAUCAGAAGCCACAAGUGGGAAUGAGGACCUCUAACCCACCAACUCCAUCAAGCACUCCAGUUUCACCACUGCAUCAUGCAUCUUCAAACUCGGUUCAGAGUUCUAAACCUGACCGGGUUUUUCCUGCUCACCUGCCUCCAUCCCAGCCCAUCCCAGACAACAGCUUCCCUAUGGAUCACAGAUUUCGCCGUCAGCUCUCAGAACCUUGUAAUUCGUUUCCUCCUCUGCCUGCCAUGCCGCGGGAAGGACGUCCGAUGUACCAACGCCAGAUGUCUGAGCCAAACAUCCCUUUCCCACCUCAAGGGUUUAAGCAGGAGUACCAUGAUCCAGUGUAUGAACACAGUGCCAUGGUGGGCAAUUCAAUCAAUCAAAGCUUUCCCCCUCCUCUGAUGAUUAAACAAGAACCUAGAGAUUUUGCAUACGAUUCAGAAGUGCCUAGUUGCCAUUCCAUUUACAUGAGGCAAGAAGGCUUCCUUGCUCACCCAAACAGAACAGAAGGUUGUAUGUAUGAAAAGGGACCGAGACAGUUUUACGAUGAUACCUGUGUUGUUCCAGAGAAGUUUGAUGGUGACAUUAAACAGGAGCCAGGAAUGUACCGUGAAGGCCCCACAUACCAGCGGCGUGGUUCCCUUCAGCUGUGGCAGUUUUUGGUAGCCCUUCUUGAUGAUCCAUCAAACUCUCACUUCAUUGCUUGGACUGGCCGAGGCAUGGAGUUCAAGCUGAUUGAACCAGAAGAGGUGGCACGUCGCUGGGGGAUUCAAAAAAACAGACCAGCCAUGAACUAUGAUAAACUUAGCCGUUCACUUCGCUAUUACUAUGAGAAGGGAAUCAUGCAAAAGGUUGCUGGAGAGAGAUACGUGUACAAGUUUGUUUGUGACCCUGAAGCCCUCUUCUCCAUGGCCUUUCCGGAUAACCAGCGUCCCCUGCUGAAAACUGACGUGGAACGUCAUAUCAAUGAAGAGGACACUGUCCCUCUGUCCCACUUUGAUGAGAGCAUGGUCUACAUGCAAGAAGGAGGCUGCUGUAAUACCCACCCUUAUAAUGAAGGCUAUGUAUAUUAACUGGAGUGACAGUAAAGAAGCCCCUUCCUCAUCCCAAGCUUCUCCUCUUUCAUGAGACCAAGAGAAAAGCUGAACUCCCUUCAGUUGGUUUUAUAAGAAAAAGAAUAAUAAUAAUAAUAAAUGUAAAAAGAAUAAAAUAGUACUAUAAAGGGGCUUCUCCUGUUGUAUUACUCCUGUAGUCUGACAUGGACAGUGCACUUUAUUUGAAAGGGGAAGUUUAGAAUCUAAUAGUUUAUUCUUUGGGACAAAAAGACAAGGGUGGAAAAUACAGGUUUUAAGUACAACAAAGCUGUAUCAUGUCUGUUUUUUGUUUCUUACUUGGUUAAAAAUAAUGUACAUGUUCUCUAAGUAUCCAUAGUACAGUUAAUUCUAGAUGUAAUCAAUAACCAUUUGUAUACUACUUGGGGAAUUAUCUGUCCUGACACUCUCCCUUCUCUCCCGUUUUCACUACAGUCUAGCCAUUUUUUUCCUCUUUUUUAUUUUGAGACAGACAUUAUUUACCUCUUACAAAGACUGAACUUGCGCAUUCAGAAUGUGUGCUCUACCACUGAGCUAGGGACCAAUAAUAGAUGCUGGAUUUGAGAAGAACUAGGACCAGAUUUUUGAUUUUGUUCCUUAAAAGAUAGGAUUUAUUUUUAUUUUACCCCUUAAAAACAUUCUUACGUGUCUUACACGCUGCCUUGAUUCUGUUCAUGAGUCAUUAAGGAAGGCAUUCACUGUGGGCCGAAGAGCACAGAUCCUGGUUUGUGAGUGUAAAUUGCAGGUUUAUAGCUUAGCUUCUGGUAUCUGGUGCCAUCUUGUUAUGCAAGUACAACCCAUUUAAUCAUUUUCAACCUUUCAGUGUCCACCCGAGUGUAGUAAUUACUUGUACUGAACCAUUCUGCAUAUUCUUUUAACUUUAAGUACAGGACUGUGAUCACAAAGGGUAAGACAGAAUGCUGUCCUUCCACUUUCUUUGAUCCAUAAAUAAGUUAUUUAAUCAAUAUGAAUUAACUGUACUAGUUCUCAUAUCUCAUUAUGCUGUUUCAAACCACAGCAGUUUCUCCUUGAGCAAAAUAUCCAAUACACAAAUAGGUACUUUAGUAAUUUUUAGACACGGUACCCAUUAAUAUGCAUUUAAGCCUUUAUACUGCUGUGUUAUGUUGAUAAGCAUAUAUACAUACUAGCUAAUGCUAUUGCUUCUGCUGCUGUCUUUAUUCCUGUAAUACUCUCUUUGCUGAAUUUACUAUGCUCAUUUAUAAGCAUUGCUGUAACUACAGGUAGCAUUCAGGACAAAAUAGAUGACUUGAACCUUUUACUGCUUAGAAAAAUAGCUUAUGCCAUAGCUGUGCUGUAAGCAGCUUUUAUGCGCAUUGAGACAUGGAUAGGAGGCUCCAGCUUGCUAAAGAGGAGCUCUGCUGAAACUUUUAUAACGCUCCAUGGAGCAGAGACUUAUCCAUAAUAUCAAAAAUACAGUUUUUUGUUUUUGUUUUUGUUUUUUUGGGCUGUAUAACGUUGUAGUGCUGGCACUGAUGCUUAUCAAUUUUGUUAGGGACACUAAUUGUAAAUGUGAUCAGGUAUGUUUGGCAAACCCUUUAAAAGUUGCUUUUAAUUUGGGGGAAAGGCAAUGUUGAAAGGAAGACAAAGACCUUAUUCUACAGAUAAAUGUAAAAGAAUAAUUUAAUAUUUAAGAAGUCCUUUCCUUCUAUGUUAACUUUUUGCAUUAGAACGGGAAAUAGGAAGCAUAUUUGAACAGAGGAGUUUGAAGAGUGGCUUUUCAAACCAGUUCUCUUCCCAACAUCCCAUCCCAGUACUCACACACAUGCUUUGCCCAGAAGCCAUCAACUCUGAAAGAGAGAAAGGGGGGAUAGGAGUCCAUAAUCAUUAGCUACAAAAAUAAUGUUUCAUUGUAAAUGACAUGAUAUCAGAGAUGCCUGGAUGUGGUGAUUUACUUUGCACUCAGUGUUGGUCAGGAACCCUGUAAAGCUAUCAAUGAUUUAUAAUGCAAUUCAUUUCAAAAUGAGUAUUAACCACUAUAAACCACAGUUCUAACAAAGCACAUUGGGUAUGCAUCUAUUUCACCCUAAAAGCAUUAAGAGAGUUUCAUGUGUGCAUGUUAAAAACUCCAUGGCAUGUUAACCUUACAGAAAUCUCUGCAAAACGCCCUUUGCCUUAUCCCUGCUGCUGCCCAAUGGCAUCAUUUCUCUAGCUGGCUAAAGAAUUUGUUUUUUGAAAACCACCAUUAGGGUAGAAUCAAUGGUUUUAACCAUUAUGCCUUGACCUCCCCUAGACUUCCUGCUUCACCUGACCUAAAAAUGGGAGGUUAGCAUGUUGCAGAGUGCCAGCUUCCAGCAUAAUCUUUGUCUUCAAUCGCAGUUCUGCUUUUAUUAAAAAAUAAAAUAAAUUAAAAAAAAAAACAGGUGGGGAAUGUCCACUUGCCCAGGAAAAAUAUACAUAGCUAAAUGAGGUGGUAGAAGUCCUGGGAGUCUAAACCUAUUUGCCUUCUGGUAGAUCAGUGAUUUCUGUCUGGCUGCAUCCACCAUGGCAGCCAUUUUGUGAAUAGGCAUGCUUUCCCAUGACAGUCCUUUUCUGAAUGAGGCACUUAAAAUUCCAAAUGUGUCCCCUAGUCUAACAACAUGGGUGUCUUUGGCUGGGGUCAAAAUCUGUAAAGUGGCAGGCGCAGCAUCAGAACUGAAGCCCCACCUCUUAUGUAUGUGUGUGCAACAUUGGUACAGGUACAAAAGGGUGGGGCUUUGAUCGUGAUGCCACACCAGCCAUCUUACCGAUUUCGACCCCC